CAUGAAAGUAUUGAUAACAUUGCAGGUGAACCAAGAUUCAUAACUUUAAUUGGUAAUAAGAGAGUACUUAUGAUAAACGGUUACACUUUCGCUAGGACCACCAAGAGACACUGGUAUUGCUCGAAAAAGGCUAAAGGAUGUAAAGCGAAGGUUACUUUAGAUGAAACUGAAACGGAAGUGCUUGUCUGUGAUAAUGUUCAUAACCACGAACCACCUGUAUAUGGACAAAGCGCUGAAGGGGGAACCGAAGUUUAUAACUUUAGUAGGCAACAAAAGGGUGCUCAUGAUAAACGGUUAUACUUUCGCGAGGACAACCAAAAGGCACUGGUACUGUUCCAAAAAGGCUAAAGGAUGUAAAGCGAAGGUUACUUUAGAUGAAACUGAAACGGAAGUGCUUGUCUGUGAUAAUGUUCAUAACCACGAACCACCUGUAUAUGGACAAAGCGCUGAAGGGGGAACCGAAGUUUAUAACUUUAGUAGGCAACAAAAGGGUGCUCAUGAUAAACGGUUAUACUUUCGCGAGGACAACCAAAAGGCACUGGUACUGUUCCAAAAAGGCUAAAGGAUGUAAAGCGAGGGUUGUUUUAGAUGAAGCCGAGGAAGAGGUGCGUGUCUGUGACAAUGUCCAUAACCACAAACCACCUGUGUAUGGAAAAAGCGCG